AGCACGACAAUCUCGAUACAAUGGCUAAGGAAGUUAAGAGCGGCCUCCCCGUCGGCAUCAACCGCGGCCACAAGGUCACCACCCGUGACACCCGUGCCCGCCCUUCCCGCAGAAAGGGUGCUUUGGCCAAGAGGACUUCUUUCGUCAGGGACUUGAUUAGGGAGGUUGCUGGUCUCGCCCCCUACGAACGCCGUGUCAUUGAGUUGCUCCGCAACUCCCAGGACAAGCGUGCCCGCAAGCUUGCCAAGAACAGGCUCGGUACGUUCGGCCGUGCCAAGAGAAAGGUCGACGAGCUCACCACCGUCAUCGCCGAGUCUCGUCGUGCUCACUAA